AUGGCGGAGCUUUCACUCGAUCCAGCUAUUCGACUUUGGGUUAUUUUACCCAUCGUUCUCAUGACUUUUCUGGUGGGCAUCAUUAGGCAUUAUGUUUCUCUUUUACUGCAAAGUGAUAGCAAUGCUGAUAUCGACAAAGUUCAAUUCAGUCAAGCCAUGAUGAGGAGUGCUAUGCUACGAGAAAAUGGCCGCUUCAUUCCACGCAAGUCGUUCGAGAUGCGCCGACAUUUCUUCAACAAUCCUGAAGAUGGAUACUUAAAGGAAAAGCAAGAAUCUGCUCCUGCGCCCAAUAUGGCAGAUCCCACUAUGAUGACCGAAAUGAUGAAAGGCAACUUUGUAAAUGUCUUGCCGAUGUUGGUUAUUGGAGGUUGGAUUAAUUGGACAUUUUCUGGUUUUGUAACAACCAAGAUACCAUUUCCAUUAACUUACCGCUUUAAAGCAAUGCUUCAACGAGGCGUAGAAUUAACCAGCUUAGAUGCAUCAUGGGUUAGCUCAGCAUCGUGGUAUUUCCUAAAUGUAUUCGGUCUCAGGAGUGUUUACACCUUGAUUUUAGGGCAGGAUAAUGCUGCUGAUCAAACCAGAGCAAUAGCGGAACAAAUGGCUGCACCGACAGCGGCAGCAUCGGCAGGUGGAAUGCCACCUGAUCAGAAGAAGGCGUUUAAGGCUGAAUGGGAAGCUCUUGAAAUUGUCAACCACAAAUGGUCCUUACAAGAUGUUGAAGAAUCUCUCUUAGCAAAUAGCACUGUUAGUAGUUCCAAGAAGGAGAGAAAAGAUAAAGACGAAUAG